AUGAAACGAGAAGAUGGCGGCCCCGGAAGAUCAAUCACCAACGAAUAUCGCGUCCAUAAACGGUUGUUGGAGUGUCUUAAAUCUCUUGACACUACUCAGAUAUCGGCAAUCUUUGGCGUUUCAGGCAUUUUGUUCAAUAUUCCCGAAUCCGAAGCUUUCAUCGACGAGAACGCCCCCGAGUGGGCUGAUAUCCUCCCCCGACUCCCUGCCGAUUAUGCACCAUGCAAAGCCAUAAUCAGCGAGAAAAUAAUGCCCGUCAGCCUACCAUUUCGCCGAAUGAUUAUAAACAACUUUAUUCCCGGCGUGGAUACCGACAAGAUUUUGGACACCCAGACAAACAAACACUGCCUAAUCCGCCCCUACCUUGGCCGUCGCAGAUUCCAGGCUGAGUCCGAAAGACCUCGGCGCCUCCGAGCGUACAGUCUACGCAACUUUCCACUCCAUAUUGACCAAAUGGAAAGUAUCGGGCUCACACCUCAUAGCUAUGCUAUAUCCAUGGCCGAUGCGCUUGCAUUUCUUUACUGGAUAGCCAAGGUUGAUGCAAACGAUGUAGAGUUCGUUCUUGCUCAGCCUCGAUCAAAUGACCCGCCCGAUAUGAACUCUCUUCAUAUUAUUGAUUCGGACGUUCUGGGUCCUCUUGCCAUAUGGAUCUUGGAUUUUGACUGUUGCAACGACAUGACUCUGGACGAAAGCGGCAUUGAAAAUGCCUGCAGAUGCUUCUGGCGCAAUGACCCUUUUUACCCACGACCGGGCAGCUCAAACGCCUCUGACCAGAAGCUGUGGGAAGAUUUUCGGGAUCGUUUUCUUGCGACUAGCGAGAGAAUAUUGAAGGAUGAAGUAGCGACGAUCAAACAACUCCCAGGGCGUCUCAUCGAGAGGAUUAUCCAGACACGAGGCACGUUUUCGAGAGGCUGA